CUCCACAUCCACCCAUCCCCCGGGGGAAACAGAUGCAGCGUUCCGAGCCUGUGCCCCCUCACCCACGCGAGCGAAGAAGGGGAGCUGCAUCUUCUCGGUCCUCCAGGACUCAUUUUUUCCCAGGAUAAGAUUCUUUUGAGGCCAUGUCUGGGACUCCCUUCAGAUCCUGCUUCAGGUCUAACUAUAGAGAGAAGUUGAACUUGCUUCUAGAGAAAGAUGCUUCCUUUUCCUUUAACUCAGAACUUCCCAAGACCCCAGCUAGCAAGUUCCUUGUUGACUCUGGAAACCUCAGCUCUUUAACAGGAGCAACCCCAAAGCGUCGCCUUGACUUGUCAAACAUUAGCAUUGAGGAGACGGCUGCCAUCCCGCUCACCCCAUCGCCGGACCUCGAUGAAACCGGUAACUUGGAUUCCUCAGGACCUCAGGAAGUACAGCAAGCUGAAAUGGGCCAUCCUCAGCAUAUGAGGAAAUGCAUCCCUGCGCAGCUGCUGUGCAGCACUCCCAGUGCUCUUGGUUCCUUCUGCCAAAAGACAGAUGCAACAGGUAGCUCCUCUCCAGACAAAGAAAAUGAGAACAGCUUUCUGGAAUACCCGACACUCAGGUCCUUAAGGCUUCAGGAAAGAUCUAGAAGACCGCUCUUGUCUCCUCUUUCUCUACUGGACAGCAGAAACUCUGUAGAAGGGGAAAUGAAUGAUCUAGGCAGUCCCAUUACCAGGAUCCCGCUGCAUCAGGACAAGGAGGAAGGCUGUGCAGGGGAGACUUCACUUGAGUUAGUGGAGGUUUUCCUGGAAGAGCAAGAAGCCAAGGAAUCAGAACUAAAGAAGACAGUUUCACUCUGUGAUGUUAAUGCCAUUCAGAUCUUAGGGGAGAAUUCUGACCAGAGGCAACUGAUAGGUGAUUUCACCAAGGUCUACAUGCUACCAACGGUGACAGGAAAGCAUCAGGAUCUGAAGUACAUCAACCCAGAGACGGUAGCUGCUCUGCUGCGGGGGCAGCUGCAAGAUCUGAUUGAGAAGUUUUAUAUUAUUGAUUGCCGCUAUCCGUAUGAGUAUCAAGGAGGUCAUAUCCAGGGAGCUCUGAAUCUGCACAGUCAGGAAGAACUACAUCAUUUCUUCCUGAAGAAGCCUCUUGUCCCUUUCAGUGCCCAGAGAAGAAGAGUCGUCGUGUUUCAUUGUGAAUUCUCCUCAGAAAGGGGUCCCCGAAUGUGCCGCUAUCUAAGAGAAGAAGACAGAGCUCUGAACAAGUAUCCUGCACUAUACUACCCUGAGCUCUACAUCCUCAAGGGAGGCUACAGAGACUUCUUCCUGGAAUAUGUGGAACUGUGUGAACCCCAGAGCUAUUGCCCAAUGCAUCACCAGGACCAUAAAGCUGAGCUGUUGAAGUGCCGCAGCCAGAGCAAAGCAUGGACUGAGGAGCGGCAGCUCCGGGAACAGAUUGCUUGUCUCAUGAAGGAUGGGAAUUCAAGCUGAGGAAAGAGCUGUUCUUGUGGCAGUCACUGGCUCACACUGUGGACCCCCAGAGAGGAAGCAGUGACUUCUGUGGAAAACCAGACUAAUGGUUUACAAAAAAGUACUCAACAAGCCAAGACUUGACUGCAAAAGUCAAGUCAACUUGUGUUCCAGUGAGAAUAGGAGCCUUCUCUACGGGCUGUGUCCUGAAGGCUAUUCUUCCUUGUUUGAGCUACAAAGUUUGCAGUAACCAGGGAGAC